UCUCCGGCGCCGGCGUUCACAUCAUCUCUGGGGUCGGCGUCGCUGCGAAUCUCUCUCUCUUUCUGUCGAGGCAUGCAAUUGUUCCAUGCGGAGGAUUCAUGAUCCUAUGGUAUAUAGUAAAGGGGGAGUUGGAGUUUUAGGUCUUAGAGAUAGAGAGAAAGAGAUGAUUACUCGUUCCAAUUUAGCAGAGCAGUUGAGGGAAUACCAAACCAGGUCCAAGUAUGAAUGGGCUUCCGCUUCUUUCUUCUCCUCUACCUCCAAUUUUGGUUCCAAUUCCAGGGUGGAUAUGGCAAUCUCAGUGUUAUGGGAACUCUUUGUCCUCACUUUCCUGGUAUUCUCGGCAAUUUCUCUUUAUUUCAGGUACAUGAGGCUUGCCUUUUGCCUCAUCUGCAUUGCUACCCUCGUGCUUAUAUGUUUGAAAAUUACGAGGCAUGUGAAGUUAGCCAGGAAACGGAAGCGGAGAAUGCUUCUGCCUCUUUCCAUGUAAAUGCUUUGGAAUUGGGCCCUCUGAAGUUGGGCAUUCCCCACAACGCUAAAGAGGGACAGUGUUUAUAGUGGAUAACCCUUUCUUAAUCACAAUUUAUGCAAAUUGUUAUAAUUUUUAUGUUGGAUGAGUUUUCUGUAGCAUAUGUGUUUUCAUUCUGAAAUUGUUAAGUUGCGAUUC